GACACGGGAAUGCAGAUGGAGGCUCAAGAGCCAACAGCGGCGGUCCUCUUGUGUGAAGUGGUGGUGAUGGAGAUCCUCUCUUGGCUUCCUGCAAAGCCUCUGACGCGGCUGAAGCUUGUGUGCAAGUCAUGGAACUCCAUCAUCUCCGACCCUCACUUCGUCAAACUUCACCUUCACCGUUCACCCAAAAAUGCCAUCCUCCUCUUUACGCCCCUCGACGAAGAAAAUAUAUGGGGCUUAGUGUUUAGUAGCGUUGACUCUUUCAUCCAGAAUCCAUCAUCUACUCUUGAUGCUCAAGAGAAUCGCUACUCUCUACACGUAAACGACUGGGUUGUGGGUUCAUGCAACGGGUUGGUUUGUGUGGCCCAUGUUCUUGACCACACCAAGACCGAUAUUUGGCAUAUCUGGGUGCGUUUAUUGAACCCUCUCACAGGCUAUAUUUCAGAGAACUCGCCGUGCUUACGUGUCAAUAUGCACACUGCUCUUGGAUUUGGGUAUGAUGAGUCAAGUGGCAGUUACAAGGUACUGGCUAUCAUUUGGGAUUCUUCUGGAACAUUGAUUACGCAAGUUUAUAGCUUUGGUGGCAGUUCAUGGAAGAGGAUCAAGAGUUUUCCUGCUUUUCCGUUUUCUUGUCAAGAUAAUGGCUACUUCAUCGGUGGCACUCUUAAUUGGAUAGCUUUCCGUACCCCGCAUGCAGCUGAUUAUGAUUGGUAUGCUGUUACACUUGAUAUGUUAAUGCUUGUUUCUUUUGACCUGAAAUCGGAUACAAGUAAAGAGAUUCCGCUUCCAAAGGGUAUAGAUGAGAUCCCCGGUCAAGAGCCAACUCUGGGAGUUUGGGGAAAUAGCCUGUAUCUUCUUCAUGAUUACAACAGCACUCAUUUAAUUGCAUGGCAAAUGAAGGAGUUUGGAGAUGAAAAUUCUUGGACUCAAUUGCUAAAGAUUAGUUUUCACCAUCUCGGUGUUGAAUGCCUAUUUCCAGGAUUUGUAUUUGAGAAUGGAAAUGUCUUCAUGUUGAGAGGCAGGCAUGGUUUUGAGGCAGUGUUUUAUGACCGAAGAGAUAAUAGUGUUAAACGCGUUAAUAUCUCGUCCGACACUCAUUACCUCGAUGCAUUUGAUUAUGUUGAGAGCUUGGUUCAGCUUUGUUAAAAUUUGGUUCCUAUUCAAAGUUUUGCUUCUGCAGCAUUUUGUUCUGUCAGCAAAGUUCAGGUCAUUGUGAUUAUUUUGGGUGUUUCCUUACUCUGGCUACUUCUUGUUGUUGGAUCCAAAUUUGUAGACGGAUCACUUGUAUUUUGGCUGCAAACUUUAUAUAUACAGGGUCUGGAAAAUGUGACACCAAUGAUUGCAAAGAUAGACCAGAAGAGUGCAAUAGAGCUUGAAUCAUAUGGCUUGGGUACAAGAAUGGUAAUUCCUACUAGUAGUAGUUAUAGUGAUUAGAUCUUAGCAUGUUGCCACCGUAAUGUUGAGAACUUUAGAUGAUACAACAUGUGUAGCAUGUUAUUGCAAGCAUAGGAAUGUAAGUAGCGAAGAUUAAGAACCAAAAUUUUAUAGAACUAGAAGCAGUUAUUAGGUGAUAUAUAUGUGUGGUAAUUCCUUUGCCAAUGUUAUUAGUUCCUUUAAAAUAUUUACUUGUUUUCAUGAUUUCCAUGGGUGCUAUCAUAUCUUAUGGUCAACUAGACAUUUUAUGACAAUAUCUUGUUAUAUUGAAGACCAAGAGCAAUAUUUUCAAUC